AGAAUACACAAACUAAUUAAAUUAUUUCUCAUACUGGUUCCUACAACAUAUCUUCUGUUUUUUUUACAUGACGUGUCAUUUUAGCCAAUUAUUAUCCGUACAAGUAUAGAAUAAAUGACUCACCAACUAGCUUAAAAUAAAAAAUAAAUAAAAAAUAACUAACUAGCUUUAGGUUAGGAUAAGCAAUCAAGCAUAACUAGAAAUGAUGAAAGAUAUAGAAAUGUUAGAUUACACAAAUAGUCAAUGAACCCAAAAAAAGUAAUCCAAAUUGGAUUUAGUCUAAUACCACAUAUUCAUAGAAAAACAAGGGAAGGGUUGACUUAAUCAAAUGCUCCCAAACUAUACGGCCAUUGUACUUGAUAAACCAGACAUCAUGCACCCACAUAUAUUCAUAUCUUCUUUGACAAUCGUCACCCACAGAGAAAGAAAAAAAACAUACAUACACACAAACACACAAUUGCCAUCAAGAGUUGAAAAGAUAAAAAGUUGUUCUUCAAAGAUGAUGUUUGAACAGCAGAUGAGGAUUGACAUGAGGAACAAGGAAGACAAGAGAUCAUCAUCAUCAUCAAAGGGUACUACUAGUAUUGAAGAAGAAGGGCUUGAAAUUGUUGAUUUGAGUGGCAUGUCUUUGGACUCUCUCCCUAAUCCUUCUCUCAAUUUGGCCACUAUUUGCAAACUUGACCUCUCCAACAACAAUCUUCAGAGCAUACCAGAAUCCUUAGCAGCAAGGUUGCUACAUGUGGUGGUGUUGGACAUACGUUCCAAUCAGCUCAAGAAACUCCCAAAUUCAAUUGGUUGUCUGUCAAAGCUCAAGGUUCUCAACGUCUCUGGCAACUUCCUUCGCUUCCUCCCCAAAACCAUAGAGAACUGCAGGUCCUUGGAAGAGUUGACUGCCAACUUCAACCAGCUCACAAUGCUCCCAGACAAUAUAGGAUUUGAGUUAACAAACUUGAAAAAGAUCUCUGUGAACUCGAACAAGCUAGUCUUCUUGCCGCGCUCCCUUACCCACCUCACCUCGCUACGCGUACUCGAUGCAAGGCUUAACAACCUAAGGUGCCUCCCUGAAGACCUUGAGAAUCUCAUCAAUCUUGAAGUGCUCAAUGUGAGCCAAAACUUUCAGUACCUGCAAUCCCUUCCAUACUCUAUUGGCCUCCUUAUGUCACUCGUCGAAUUGGAUGUAAGUUACAACAAGAUAACCACUCUUCCUGACUCCAUGGGGUGCCUGAAGAAACUCCAGAAGCUUAAUGUUGAAGGAAACCCUCUUGUUUCUCCCCCGGUGGAGGUUGUGGAGCAGAACCUUCAAGCAAUAAAGGAGUAUCUGAGUGAGAAAAUGAAUGCAGGGCAUAAAAGCCCUGUGCACAAGAAGAAAUCAUGGGUUGGAAAGUUAGUCAAAUAUGGUACCUUCAAUAGCAGAUUAAGUGGGAGCAGCCGUGAAGAGAGGGAGGGGUUCAUCAUGCCCGAGUAUCGCUCCAUCGACGGCCUUGCUUCACCCAGGUACAUGGGCGUGUUCUCACCCCGUAGACUCUUCUCUCCUCGGACUUACUUCAUGACUAGAUGAGAGGUUAAGCUGCAACUCCUCUCUGUUUUUGGUAGUCUUAUAAACGCAAGUAUUAAUGCAUUUGGUGGUGUGGCAUCUAGUCCAUGUUACUGCAUACUGUGGUUCUGAAUAGGAUUUUGAUUUGGUCAUCUCUGCCUCUCUCUAUGUAUUGAAUUUUAUGUUGUAUUUAAAAACAGAGUGGCUGCUGAUCAUAUAACCAGAAGAAAAAAGGCCCUUCAUUUGUACUUACAAAGUCAAAAGGUGAUCAACAAUUUUA